ACUCUCGCAGAAUAUGUUGACAACCAGCGGGUGACACAAACCUCUUCCCUCAUUCCCAGUAUUGAUCUACUUCUCCGGGCUCUGUCCACAGGUCCAUCACCAGACAAACUCGGUCCUACCCUCCACCUCUCUCACAAUGGCAGAUCGUGUCAAGCAAGUGGCGGCCGAAGAGUCCAAGAAGGUCAAGGAGAUGACUACCGAUGCCAUCAAGUCUCGUGCCUAUCUUUAUCCACUGAAGGGAAUUUUCUAUUUCAUUUCCCACAAAGACCUGUGGAAGCCCUUGACUUCCAAGCUAGCACCGACCCUAACCCUCAGCCUCGGCGUCACCACCUUCAUGUUCCUCGUAGCCUAUGUCCCUCAAGCAGCCAUUAUGGCAUUCACUUCGGGGCCGAUUGCGGCCAUCACGGCCGCUUUAUUGACCCUGAGCGAGAGCUCGACCAUCAUCAACUUGCUGUCCCGAACGUUUUUAAUCGACGAUGCACUGAUUGACACCUUUGAUGGAACCCUGCUUUCAAGAGAAUGUACCAACCUAGUCUCAGAGGGCAGACAGAUCAAAGCUGGGGGGGAUAACAUUGCACGUCUGGGCAAGUUGAUCAAGAAACCGUUUGCCAAGUUUGCACCCAACGCUAUCAUUCGCUAUCUGUUAUAUCUGCCACUCAACUUUAUUCCAGUGGUGGGUACAGUGGUAUUCAUUAUACUCCAAGGCAAGCGAGCUGGCCCAACUGCGCAUACCCGGUAUUUCCAACUCAAAGAAUGGUCUCAGCGGCAACGACAAAUCCACAUUGAAGAACACCGAGGCGGCUACACCUCAUUUGGAGUGGCCUCGUUUCUGCUGGAAAUGAUUCCCUUUGCCAAUCUGGUAUUUGCGUUUACCAACACGGUUGGUGCGGCGCUUUGGGCGGCUGAUCUAGAAAGGAAUGCAAGUCCGCCGCAGGAUGUGCGAGAUGCGUCGAAGAAGGCAAUGUGAGCAGAGUGGUUGAAAGGAGAAAAGAGAAGAGUAUACCCACACUCACACCCACACCCACAUCACCGAUGGUAUGGUUCGAGGAUCAAGACCUGCUUUGUACUACCUCGUGGCAAAUGUGCAGUAAUGAUGACGAUGGAAGGGGUAUCACAGGGCUUACUAUGGGCGCGAGAACAAGUGGGUUAACAAGAACUCAAACUAGAUAAGCAUCCAUGUUCUAUAUCGAUCUGUCCCUUGGUAAGAUGUGACGUUCUUGACCUGUGAUUGACAGUUUGAAUUCCAGAAGUGAUUCC